AUGGGUAAGGGACACGUUAAGUUCGAUGAAGAUGAAAGUGCGGCCAAUGCGGCUGCUAUCACUGAUAGGAAGGAUGACAUGCAGGUAAUAUCAAAGAACGAUGAGCAAAUACGCAUGGAUAGUGACGAAGAAAGUGACGAGGAUGAUGCUCCACAAGAAGAAGGACUGCACUCUGGGAAAAAUGAAAUAGAAUCACGUUUUACUGAAAGGGAAGAGGCCAUAAGGUCGGAACAAUCACAGUUGAAGUCUAAAAGAAGGAAGCAAAAUGAACUUUACGCUAAGCAGAAGAAGGUGAUAACCGAGGCAGAGGUGGUUGAAGAGACAAUUGCUGAACUCCCCGAAGAACUACUAGAUAAUAUAGAUCAGAGGGAGGAAAGUAGUGCACAGAAGUUGUCUUCAAAGCAUAUAAAUUUUGAUAAAUUCGACGACUCUGAUGAAGAAGAAGAAGAAGUAGCCAAAGCCAUAAAGGCACGAAAGAGAAAGACGUUGAAGAAUUUGAGAAAAGACUCAGUGAAAAGAGGGAAGUUCAAAAUUCAGUUACUACCAACGACACAGGAUUCUAAAGCAUUGCCACCAAAGAAAGAAUCAUCAAUUAUAAAUUCAAGAGAUCGUUGGUUGAAUAGAAAAACUUUGAAUAAAAGGUAA